AAUUGUUUAGAACUCGCCUUCAGGCAACCGAACAAGUUUGGACAUACAGUACUGCAGCUUCUGCCCAACCUGAGCCAACGAGUCUGCCUGUGUUACAGUUAAAUUAAACACGACUUUGAUUAUCGCUUCGCGGGACCUGGGAUGCGCCACGAUACUCUUCAUAAACGUUAUGCAGCAGAGGCGGCUAUCUGACAAGGGACUGGAGUGACAGAGUUGUGAAGAUGUGGAGCUGGGUUUUCCCUGUGGCURUCCUGCUGUCCUCAGUGCACCAGGCUGGAGCCCAAGGCAGGUGUAAUAAUGUUGGAGCAGCAGACAUAGUCUUCCUGAUAGAUGGCUCAUCAAGUAUCGGCAGGGCCAACUUCCUGCAGGUCAAGGGCUUCAUGGCUGGCAUCGUCAAGCCCUUUACCAGCUCUGUUGGCCAAUCAGGGAUCCGCUUCGGGGCCGUGCAGUACAGCGACACCUCUAGGGUGGAGUUCUCCUUCACAACCUACCUGAAUGGCACUGAGCUGGUCAGCGCUGUGGAGAACCUCAACUACAAGGGUGGCAACACUCGCACAGGUGCCGGCCUCAAAUUUGUCGCUGACAACUUUUUCAACCCCACCUCCAUCCGGAACGUCUCAAAGGUCUGUAUACUGAUCACAGAUGGAAAGUCUCAAGACAAUGUAAGGGACCCAGCUCAGAAGCUGCGGAGUCUGGGAGUGGAGAUGUUUGCAGUGGGUAUAAAGAGUGCAGACCAGACUGAGUUGGCUCUGAUAGCCACUCCUCCUCAGAGGGACUACACAUUCUUUGUGGGGGACUUUAAGCUGCUCAACACACUGCUGUCCCUGGUGGGCCCACGUGUGUGUUCCAGCUCAGGUGGAGUCUAUGCUAGCGAUGAGGCUUUCUCCGGUCCCUCUAACCUCCAGUUCUCAAGCCAGACCUCUGAUUCGCUCAGGUUCCGGUGGACUCCCGCAGGGGGGCCUGCGAGUGGCUAUGUGGUGCAGUACACGCCCCUUUCUGGCCUGGGCCAGCCAAUUACAGCGGAGCUGCGUCAGGAAACAGUGUCUGCAGGUCAGAGGAGCUUUGUGGCCAGAGAGCUGAAGUCAGGGACMGACUACCUGGUGACGAUCAUCGCCCAAUACCCCAACAGUGUGGGAGAGCCUGUCUCUGCCAAGGCACGAACCAGGUCUCUACCAGGGGUGUCUGGUCUUCGUCUAGUCCAGGCUGGUUUCUUCUCCCUCUCUCUGGGCUGGGAUGCCCCCACAUCACAGAUCCAGGGCUAUAGACUCACCUACGGACCCCGAGGUCAGCCUGCAGCCCAGCUAUUGGAGCAGUCUCUGGCUGCAGACUCCACCUCKGUCACCCUGGAGAGGCUACUGCCAGACACAGAGUACGUCCUCACCCUAUACCCCCUKUUCCCCCGAAACUCUGUCUCCCCCGCCACCCUCACCUCACGCACAUUGCGUCUGGAGGCGGCCCAGCAGCUGUCAGUAGAGACCGUGUCAGAGCGUAGCGUCCGGGUGCUGUGGAGGGGAGUGGGUGGAGCCAGGGCCUACAGACUGGUCUGGGGACCAUUCACAGGUCGYGAUGUGAAGUCUGUCGAGGUGGCUGGCGACACUGAGACUCACACCYUGUUGAACMUGCAGCCAGACACCGAGUACAUUGUCACUGUCAUCGCCCUCUACGAAGCCAACACAGAGGGACCUGCUGCUACCGCCAGGUUCAAGAUAGAGCGUCUGGAGCAGCAGGUGCUGAAGGCAGCCACCACCGGGCCCUCUUCCAUCCGCCUCACCUGGAACCUAAUCCAGUCUGCCAGGGGAUACCGCCUGGAGUGGAGGCAGGGUGAAGGUGGCAGAGUGCAAAGUCAGUCGUUAUCCAGGAGCACCACUAGUUUUGAUCUGACAGGGCUGCAGCCCAGCACUGAGUAUGUCAUCACCCUGUUCACCCUGUAUGAUGGACGAGAGGAGGCCACCCCCGUCUCCACCUCUCCAACAGUGGAACAGCAGGUGGGGAAGGUGUCCAACCUGCGAGUGGUAGAGUCCCUGGGCAGCACUGUGCGACUGGGAUGGACAGGGGUUGCCGGGGCGACACAGUACCGUAUCCUCAUGGUCAAUACUGAAGCGCAAACAGAGGAAACACGCAGUGUCCCUGGAAGCCAGACGACCCUUGACCUUAGGGAUCUGACGGAGGGCGUGUCUUAUGGGGUCAGCGUGACAGCUGUGGUGGGAGACAACGAGGGGGACCCGGUCACUGUUUACAUCAAAGCAGAACAAGCAUUGGAGAAAGUGACCAACCUACGUGUGACAAACAUCAAUGGUCGGCGACUCCGAAUCGCCUGGGCAGGUGUUUUGGGGGCGACAGGGUACAGGGUCACUUGGAGACAAGGCAACAAUGCUGAGCAGUCCCGUGAUCUGGGACCAGAGGCGUCAACCUACACGUUGGAGGGGUUGCAGCCAGACGAGGCUGUGGUCCUGGGUGUGGCGGCUGUGAUUGGUCAACGCAUCGGGGAAGAGGUCACCCUCUCGGCCAGGACCAAUGGGAACACCGGCUCAAGCUCAAGCACGGUUAGCGGCCUGCGAAUCGUUGAUGUCACCUCUCAGAGGAUACGCAUCACAUGGUCACCUGUCUCCAGGGCAACUGGCUACAAAAUUACCUGGCGCAGUGGAGAUGGAGUGGAGUCCACCCGCACAGUGGCCGCUGAUGUCACUUCCUUCACCAUUGACAGCCUUCAGGAAGAUUCCUCCUACCGGGUGUCAGUCUCCUCACUGAUUGGCUCUCGAGAAGGACGCCCCGCCUCCCUGAACACCAGAACAGCAUCAGACCAGGGUGUUGUGGGAACAGUGACCUCACUCCAAGUCCAGGAGUCCCGCGGUGAGGUCGUCAGGGUAACAUGGGUGGGCGUGCAGGGAGCAACAGCCUAUCGUGUGUCUUGGAAGCGAAUUGAUGGUGGGGAGGAGAGGAGCCAGCUGGUGGGUGGUGACUUGACAGCGGUGGAUCUGGAGCAGCUGGACCCAGGGGCUCAGUACGAGGUGCAGGUCAUGGCCCUGGUCCAGAACAGACAGGGAACCCCGGUCUCUGUCAGAGUCACCACACCAGGGGAACCUGCUGCUGUAGACCGGGUGGAAGGGGUCAGGGUGCUGGAGGCUACCCCAGGGGUGCUGCGUCUGGUCUGGAGAGGGAUGGCCGGGGUUACAGGGUACCGCAUCUACUGGAGAUCAGCCCUGGGUGAGGCUGAAUCGAGCCGUCUGAUAGGUAGAGAUGCAACCUCGUUUGACUUGGAUGGUCUGCGGCCUGGGGUGAGCUACACUGUGAGGCUAGCUGCCRUCUUCAGGGACAGAGAGAGUCAAGCUGUCUCUAUCACUGCCUCCACAGCUCCCUUACAGCCUAUAAGGGGUCUGCGUGCUAUGGAGGUUACCCAGAAUUCUGUGUUGUUGGACUGGGUUCCAUUGACUGGUGCCACAGGAUACGUCCUGCGCUGGAGAGAGGAGAGGGACACUGGUCCGGGUCAGUCCAUCCCUCUGCCUGGGACAUCCAGCUCCUACAGGGUGACAGGGCUGCGUCUGGGCCUGAGGUACCGCUUCACCCUGCAGCCUAGCUUCCAGAGGGAGGUUGGCCCUGAGACCUCACUGGAUGAACGUACUGUGUGUGUAGGUGGUCGUCUGGACGUGGUGUUCCUGGUUCCAGCUUCCAGGGAUCGGACCAGCAUGGUUGAGCCCCUACUCUCUCUCUUGACCAGCGCUGCCGGMUCCCUCACCACCAUCGGAGCCCGGGACUCACAGAUGGGGAUUGUAGUGUACAGCGCCCGGCCCAAGGUCUGGUUCCUGCUCAGUCGCCAUAGCAACAGUGAGACGCUGCUUCAAGAGAUCCUGUCCACGCCUUUUGAAGACGGGCCAGGAAAUGCUAUAGGCCAGGCGGUGACGUUCACUAGACAGUUCCUUCUCAGCCCGACAGCUGGUCGUAGACCAAGAGUUCCUGGCGUAGUGGUGAUCAUUGCAGACAAAAAAUCAUCCGACAACAUCACUGUCCCAGCCAGUGCUGUCAAAGCCUCAGGUGUCACAGUGCUGGCGGUGGGUAUAGGUCGGGCGGACUCUGAAGAACUGCGCCAGGCGGUGACAGAUGGCAGCACCCAGAACCUCCUAUAUGCUCGUGAUGCCACCCAGCUUGGCACCCUGCACGCCGACCUGGCUGACCUGCUGUGUGGCGUCGCCAGGAUACCAGAGGGAGGGGGCCCAGUGGCAGAGCCGUGUACCAUACAGUGUCCUCGGGGUGAUCGAGGGGAGCGAGGAGAAAAGGGAGAGAUAGGACGAGACGGUACUGACGGACGCAAAGGAGAGCCUGGUCGUGAUGGUUUGCCUGGCAGGGACGGCCCCAGGGGGCCUGAGGGGCGACAGGGUCUGCCUGGCGGGAGUGAGGCCCCCUCAGUUGGUGUCAGAGGGGAGAAGGGGGAGAGGGGUUUUCCUGGUCUGGAUGGGGGUCCAGGAUUGCCAGGGCGACCAGGGACCCCGGGCCCUGGAGGAGUACCGGGUUCACAGGGGCUACCAGGUAUCAGAGGAGAUCCUGGUGAUCCUGGGGUUAAAGGAACAUCAGGGACAAAGGGUGACAGGGGCGACAGUGGUGAGCCAGGGUCGGCUGUUUCAGGAGGAGGUCUGCCUGGCAGGAAAGGAGAACCAGGGGUCCCAGGAUUACCAGGUACCACAGGGCGUCCAGGAACUGACGGGGCCAAGGGCUUUGUGGGACCUGCAGGGAUCCCAGGACAGGACGGUCGCCCCGGGAUACCAGGUGCCCUUGGCCUCUCCAUCAAGGGAGAUAAGGGCAGCACAGGAGAGCGGGGACCUCCAGGAGUGGGCAGUGGCUCGGCUGUAAAGGGGGAGAAGGGAUCACCGGGUUCUGAUGGAAACCCAGGAGCUCAAGGUCCCAGAGGACUUACAGGACAACAGGGAGCCAAAGGAGACAAGGGAGCGAGUGCAGAGGGGUUGCCAGGACCGUCUGGGAAGGCAGGAGAGCCUGGUGACCGGGGUCCCCGUGGUUCUGCUGGAGGCCUUGGAGUCAAGGGGGACCGUGGCCAGCCAGGUGAGCCUGGAUCACAAGGUGACAGGGGGGAGAGAGGACUUGCUGGCUUGCUAGGGGAGAGGGGGGAGAGUGGACAGCCAGGCUCUACAGGGGCUCCAGGYCUGAGGGGUUUGCCUGGCACCAGUGGACUACCAGGGGAGAAGGGCAGCGAGGGCGCUAAGGGAGAACCUGGCCGGAGUGGGCCAGGCUURGGUGGGAAGAAAGGUGAACAGGGUGAGCCGGGUCUGCCAGGUCUGGAGGGGCCCAGGGGCCAGAAAGGCGAGCUAGCCCAGAAAGGUGAAAAAGGUCCCCCAGGUGCUGGCACUCCUGGCCAGGCUGGACCUAAAGGAGAGCAGGGGGAUCGGGGAGUCCCUGGCUUAGCUGGAAGACUGGGGACCAAGGGAGACCCAGGUGACCCAGGAGAGAGAGGGGAGACAGGACGAGCUGGACCCGCAGGAAAGAAUGGCCUCCCAGGGAAAGAGGGAGCCAAAGGAGACAAGGGCGACGAAGGCACUCCCGGGGAGUCUGGUCUACCAGGGAAGGCAGGGGAGAGAGGAGUACGGGGUCUGGCGGGUCAGCCUGGGCGAGCAGGGGAGAAGGGAGACCUGGGAGACUCUGGAGCGCACGGACGCAACCGUGAUAUAGAGCAAAAGCUUAAAGGAGAAAGAGGAGAAAAGGGGGAUGCUGGCGAUCCGGGAGAGCACGGGGGCAAAGGUCAGAAGGGCGAGACAGGGCCCUCAGGGRCCACUGGGCUGCGUGGUCUUGAGGGACAACGUGGACCUUCAGGGGCAAGAGGUGACACAGGAGAGAGAGGAGGCCCAGGAGAGAAGGGUGAGAGAGGUGCGUCUGGACUGGAUGGACGCAACGGUUUGGAUGGCAAACCAGGGGCACCAGGACCGGCCGGCCUGAGGGGAGACGCAGGGAAACUAGGGGAUCCAGGAAGAGAUGGGCUGCCAGGACUGAGAGGUGCACAGGGCCUCCCAGGCCCUAUUGGGCCUGCAGGAAAUCCAGGCACACCUGGCAAAGCAGGAGAAGAUGGAAAACCAGGGGCUGCUGGGAAAAUGGGCGAGGAUGGUGAACCGGGGGAAGAUGGCAGGAAGGGUGACAAAGGAGAGGCUGGGGCUGCUGGAAGAGACGGCCGUGACGGGCUGAAGGGAGACCGGGGCCUUGCAGGGCCUACAGGGCCAACUGGUCUAUCUGGGCCCCCAGGGGUCCCUGGCACCAUCGGACCUCCAGGACAGGUGGUCUAUGCGAAGGGAGCUCCAGCACCAUCUAUCCCUGGCCCUCAGGGACCUACAGGAACCCCAGGUGUGCCUGGAAUCCCAGGGGCUGUAGGAGCCAGAGGGGAGAAAGGAGCAGUGGGUGGUAAAGGUGAAAGUGGUGACCCCGGAGAGGACGGGAAACCGGGCAGGCCUGGAACAGCAGUGGAUGUGCAGAAGGCCCUCUCUAACCUUGGGAUUGAGGUGCAGGACUUGAAGUUGGUUGUGGAGAGGAGGAAUGUGCUGGUCAAGCCUGUGGUGGCGCAAGCUGAGAAGGGCCAGAGAGGAGACAAGGGAGAGGCCGGACAGAGAGGACCAGCAGGGAUAGACGGUGCUCGCGGGCUGGCUGGGGAGAGAGGUGUGAAGGGAGAGCAGGGGGAACAGGGGCCUGUAGGGGCCACAGGACCCAUAGGGAGGGCCAUCGGAGAGAGGGGCCCAGUGGGGCCCCCGGGACAGGCUGGAGAGCCAGGAAAACCUGGAAUACCUGGAGUACCAGGGAGAGCCGGAGAACUGGGAGAGGCUGGACGACCUGGAGAUAAGGGGGAGAGAGGAGAGAAAGGUGACAAAGGAGAGGAUGGGAAAAAUGGGCUAGCUGGAUUAGUGGGCCCACCUGGACCAAAGGGUGCUUCUGCAGAAGCGGGUCUGGCUGGACUCCCCGGAGCAAGGGGGCCCCCUGGGGUCACAGGACCGAAAGGAGAGCCUGGUGCUUCAGGACCACAGGGAUCCAAAGGAGACGGGGGUAUUGCAGGUCCCCGUGGAGAUAAAGGCGACCGAGGUCCAUCUGGAGAGCAGGGACGCAAUGGCUUUCAGGGGACAGCAGGAGAACCUGGAAAACCGGGACAGGAUGGGAAGCCGGGCCUACCUGGGUUCCCUGGAGUGCUGGGCAGACCGGGGAACCCUGGAGAACCUGGAAUUAGAGGAUCAACUGGUCCGAUCGGUACCAACGGGCCUCCAGGUCCACCAGGGGUCAAGGGUAAUCAAGGAGUGCCUGGGGUUGGCGUUCAGGGGCUGUCUGGUCCCCAAGGCAGCAUGGGACUGCCGGGACCUGCAGGGCCUCCCGGAGCUGUGGGUCCGUCAGGACCUCCAGGUCUGCCAGGGCAGACGGGCGAGGGGGGCAAGCCAGGGGUCCCAGGAAGAGACGGAAUACCUGGAAAAGAGGGAACACCAGGGUUGCCAGGCAAACAGGGUAUCGCUGGACCAAUGGGCUCCACAGGGUUGAAAGGGGAGCAGGGGGACAGUGGCCCCCCAGGAAAGGCUGUAGCAGGACCCCCUGGUGUGAAAGGAGCACAGGGACCUCCUGGUGUGACCUUACCUGGGACAAUGGGAGAGAGGGGGCUGCCAGGGCUACGGGGUGAGAGAGGGGACAAGGGUCCUGCAGGCAUCAAAGGGGACAGGGGCCCUGCUGGUGAAAAUGGCGAACCUGGAGAAGAUGGGGGCAGAGGACCUGCAGGGCCUAAAGGAGACAAGGGAGAGAGAGGCAUCGGACUGGCAGGGCCUCCUGGUCAGCUGGGACCUCAAGGGUUAAAGGGGGACACAGGACUCCCGGGCCCAGCAGGUCCUCCAGGAGCCCGUGGCAUAGCAGGGACCCCUGGUCUGGCCGGCCUGAGAGGAGAGAACGGAACCCCAGGACCUCCAGGACCUCUAGGACCCAGGGGUCUCCAAGGCUUUCUUGGUCAGGCAGGGACCCCUGGAGGUCCUGGGCCCCCCGGACCCACCGGCCUAGUUGGUACACCGGGAACUGCUGGAGGCAAAGGGGACAAGGGAGCGAUUGGAGCAGGAGUACCUGGAUUGAGAGGCGAGAGAGGAGACCCAGGACCCAGAGGGGAGGAGGGUCGAGCUGGUUUGGACGGGGAGAGAGGACUAGUGGGCUCCCCAGGUGGCAAAGGAGGCAGUGGAGAGAAGGGUGAAUUGGGGCCACAAGGUGACAAAGGAGAAAAGGGCGAUACUCUCCUGGUGGGAGGACCUACGGGAGAGAAGGGCAACAAAGGAGAGACGGGUGACCGAGGGCCAAAAGGGGGGCAGGGGGAGAAAGGCUUGAAAGGCAGUGACGGCCCAGCUGGGGAGCAGGGUCUGAGAGGUGAGCCAGGAGACAGGGGCUCUACAGGGUUCCAGGGGGCCAGAGGUCCAGGAGGACAGAAGGGAGAGGCGGGCCUGCCUGGUGUACCUGGAGAAUCUGGUACACCAGGAAAAGAUGGAAUGCCAGGCUUUAGAGGAGAGAAGGGAGACAUGGGAAUAACUGGAAUGCGUGGAAUUAAGGGCGACCGAGGAUCAAAGGGGGCGUGUGGAUCRGACGGACCAAAWGGAGAAAAGGGAGAUUCAGGGAUCCAUGGGCGGUCAGGGUUGCCUGGAAGGAAAGGUGAGCAGGGAGAAUUGGGUUCUCCAGGGGCCAUUGGAACCGCAGGCAAGGAGGGACUGAUCGGACCCAAGGGUGACCGAGGCUUGGAUGGAGUCUUGGGGCCCAAAGGAACUCAGGGAGAGAAGGGCGAAAGGGGCCCCUCAGGUAUCCCCGGCCCCCCAGGCCCCAGAGGAGUAGACGGGGCCUCUGGACUGACAGGGUCUCAGGGACCAGCUGGAGCUAAGGGCCCCGAAGGCCUCCAAGGACAGAAGGGGGAGCGGGGGCCUCUUGGUCCUGCCAUGAUAGGUCCACGCGGUAUCCCAGGUAAACCAGGAGACGGUGGCAAGCAGGGGGAGUUGGGUCCAGAUGGAGCCAAGGGAGACAGAGGAGAGCCAGGCUUGACGGAGGAUGAGAUUCGGACAUACGUCCGCACAGAAAUGAGCCAACACUGUGCUUGUGGAGGUGUUGUUGUGACAGAAACCCUGUCCCGCCCCAGGGCGCGUCCUGUUCCAGAGCAACAGCUGGCCCGGCAGGGCAAGGAGGGCAAGGAUGGGCGUGAGCUGCGUGUGGUGGUGAACACCAAUGACCCUGACUACGAAGAUAUCUACUCUAUAGAGAGUUACGAUGAUUCCAUGGCUAUGGAGCAGAGCAUCCACCUAACCCCCGCUGCGAAUCAUAACGACGGUGAGACAGUCACUGUUGACCCUCUGAAAGCAAAAAGGUCCAGGAGAGAGGUCAAAGGGGAAGCUCCAGUGGACAUUUGCGUGUUGCCCCUGGAGGAGGGCAGCUGUGGGAGGUUUACUCUGCGCUGGUACUUUAACAGCCAGGUGCAGGCCUGUAGACCCUUCAUCUACAGCGGCUGUGAGGGCAACGCCAACCGCUUCCUCCAUCAGGAGACCUGUGAGGAGCGCUGCCUCCCGGAGGACACAGAUGCUGUUCCUUUGAAAAAGGUGCGAUGAUGAAGGGCAUGUCAUGACUACCUCYUCUCCACCCUAAAGAAUGGCAACAAAUGGUUGUUUAAUAUUUAAAGCUAUAAMCAUUGGCAAGGUUUUGAAUAUACAGUAUAUACACCAUUGAUGGAUCUUUUCUCAUGGUUGAUGAUUUUAUUAUUUAUUUCAAGUACAUUUAUAUUACGUUAACUCUGCAGCCAAACUUUUAAAUCCCACUACUCUAGCGAGUACAGCAGCACCGUAUUAAAGGAAGACAAUGUUGUCCAAACAUUGAUGCAACCAUACCACAGAAUCUGUCUUUGGUGGAUGUACAGGUAAUGAGUUCCAAAUCUGUCCACUAAAUAGCUGUUCUGUAUGUAUAAAGAGGCACUCACAAUACAUGUUAUCAUAUUUUGCCAAUGUAAUGUACAUAUAAAUGUAUAUUUGUAUUACCUGGGAAAUAGUGUUUUGUGUGUCCUAAUGAUUCAUGUUAAACUCUGCAUGUUUUAACCUGACAGAGGAAAGGUGCUAUUUUAAAAUAUAUUUUUAUAUUGCACAUUUCAUUUGUUGUUUUCAAAGAAAAAUAAAAGUUUGUAUUUAAGCCAA